AUGCUCCAAGUCUGCAAUCCUACGCCUCAUACAUUCCCUCAAGUGCAUCCUGAGCACUUGAUCUACCGGCUACGAGAAGUGCCCUCGACAGGAACGAUGGAGCCACCCUCGGCACCCAAUCCAGCUGGCGAUGCUGGUGUCCUGCCCGAGUUUGGGAGUCUGACCCUGCAAGAAGCGCCGUCUCCGCCCGCGAGCGAGGAAGAGCUGGAUGUGUGUACCAUGCCGCGAGAGUCAGCCAUGAAGUUGAUUGCUCGGGCCAUUGUUGCCAUGGCCAACGCAGCGGGAGACGUGCCUGCAACACCACCGCUGACGCGGACCCUUUCGAAAGACAACCUUGCGGCGCUCAAAGGCCAUCGUCGCGUAGCCUCCCGACCUGCCACGCCCAUCCCUGUCGACAAGGAAAACCAUCCACCCACCCAGCUUGCGCCAGCAGAGGCGGAACACGACGAGCCCACCAUUGCGCACGACAUCGGCGCCGGUGCGUUGCCAGAGCACCUUCAACGGGCAAACAUGGCAAGAAAGUUCUUCUCCAGGACCGUUCCCAAAGUGGGCGUGGAAGAGUACAUGAACCGGAUCCAGAAGUACUGCCCACUCUCGACGGCUGUUUGGCUCGCCGCUGGCUCCUACAUUCUCCGACUUUGCGUCAUCGACAAGGUCGUUCCUCUGACGUACCGCACGAUGCACCGCUUGAUCCUUGCGUGUGCCCUGGUGGCGAUGAAGGCGCUCGAGGACCAUCGCUGGCCACAGAAGCGCUUCGCUGCGGUGGGGGGCGUGGACGAGGGUGCACUCUGUCGAUUGGAGCUCUGCGUCGAGUUCCUGCUGUCUUUCAACGUCCAGAUCUUCUCGCCGGAGAAGCUGAAGGACUUGACCAUCUCGCUGCAGAAGGCGGGCCAAGCAGCCACCAUGACGAGCAGGCUGCCGACGAGCUUCAGCCUCAAGCUGGGCAACCCUAGGCUUCGACGAGAAGUGGCUGCUUGA